GAUCUACCAGCUCUUUUCGUCAAGAAGGCCUCUCCUUCACGGCCCAUCGCCACCAGCUCCCUCGCACCGGGUCCGUCAGGACGCCGCCCCGCUUCGCCUCUCUGAACCACACCAUCACCAUGACGACCGAGGAGCCAGGCAAGAUGCAGGUGAGAAGCACUGUCACGGCUGGCAGCACACGCGGAGCGAUGCGCACGCCGGCUGCCGCCUCGCGCACGACAGGAACCGCCACUGAUCUGGGAGAAAAAGGAGGGGAAGUCAGAUCUGUGAGGCGGGAGAGGAGGGAGAGGGCAGGGGAGGGCGGGGAUGGAGCCAGGGGCAGUGCACUGACGCUCGACCGUGUGUGUGCCUGCCUGCCUGACACGUCUGCUAGAACAUUCGUCUCACAUGCAUCUCUGGUGUGUGUGUGUGUGUGUGUGCAGAUCUCCAACGCCCGUCCGAGGGUGUUUUAUGCGCAGGUGGCGAAGCGGUUUUUCGGCGGCUCCAAGGACAAGGAGCCCGUGGAGGAACUCAUUCUCACAGCACUCGGGUACGGUACCUGCGGGGAGGGAGCUGCGGUCACGCCACACACCACACACAUGUGGCGCAGAAGGACAGUUGCAUACUUCUGUGUGGGGUAUGGGUGUGGGUGGCUUGUGUUGUGUGCAGGAGUGCGAUGAACAGCGCUGUGGCCGUGUCGGACUCGCUCGUCAAGAACAAAGUCGCAACCAUCACGGUAGGUGACACACAGCUCACGCGCGCGCACAGAGGCAAAUGGACCAUUCCAUUCACGGUGUGUGGGAAUGGGUGUGUGGUGCCGUGUCGUGUCAUGUUCAGCAAGUGGAGACCUCUUACUACCGGCCCGAGGAGGGCGAGGCCCGCAACCGGCUCAUCCGCAACGUCCCCAAGCUCACCAUACGCAUGAAGAAGGACCCUGAUUUUAAGGCACAUACACACAGACAGACAGACAGACAGACCUACACGUCCACGAAAACACUCAUCCCCUUCUCUCUCUCUCUCUCUCUCUGUGUGUGUGUGUGUGUGUGUGUGUGUGCAGUAUCCCGUUAAUGAGCCUGAGGGCGAGGCCAAGGCUGACGAGGUGGUUGACGAGGACGAGGAGGUCAUCGACGACAACGACCACGAGGAGGAGGGAGAGACCGUCGACGAAUGA